AUGUCUCCCGCGAUGCAGGCUCGAGUACCCUCGACAAGUCUGCUCAGGUUCCUGCGGUCGCAAACGGAGGCCUCGAUUUUCAGCCGAAACCAAGGCAUCGAAGCCGCCGCCUGUCUCUCUCGAUGCGGCGGCUCAGCUCGCCCAGCCCAGAACCCCCGUUGUCUCGCAAAGCGACCCCAAAGGACGGGAACGAGAACCAUUUCGACAACGAGCUGCAGACGACCCGAGCUCCCGGCUUCUUCGCCUGUUAUUACCCGGAUAAGCCGCAAGCAUAGAGCACUUGAACAACCACUGGUAAUAGCAUCGUCGCCCUCAACCGUCGCGUUCUUCAGCACAACCCGCACAAGACGGAAUGCCUGCGGCGACGACGACUCCUCUUCGGCGCCGCGUCGGACGUGGAAGGAGAAGCUAUGGGGCAUCAGGAGCUGGGGCGGCGCCAAGGCGCUGAAGCCCAACGACCUCCCCUUCCACGACGAGGGAGGCGCCGGGUCCAUGUUCAACAACCGCCGCGUGUUGACCGCCAAAGCCGCGCUCGAGCCUAGGCUGCGAUGCACCGAGGUGGACGAGAAUGGCGAGGUCAUCUUGGUGGAUGGCGAGUUCAAGAAGACGGAGCUCAUCGCAAAGUACGGCCUGCUACCCCGCGACUUGCGAAAGAUUGACUCGUCGAACUUGCCUCACAUCUUCGUCCGCCAAUCCGCGAUCCUCCUCAACUUGCUCCACCUCAAAGUCCUCAUCAAAAAGGACCGCGUCCUCCUCUUCGACGUCUACGGCUCAAAGACGUCGUACCCGCAGUCCGCCUUCAUGUACGACCUGCAAGGCAAGCUCAAGCAGAAGAAUGUCCAAGGCGGCGUCGGCGGCCUCCCCUACGAGUUCCGCGCCCUCGAAGCGGUGCUGACCUCCGUCACCUCGGAGCUCGAGGCCGACUUCGAGUCCGUUCGAGACCCCGUCAUCCGCGUACUCAGCGAGCUCGAGCACGAUAUCGACCGGCACAAGCUUCGCGUUCUCCUCAUCCUCUCCAAGAGAGUGAGCACCUUUGAGCAAAAGGCCAAGCUGGUGCGCGACGCCAUCGAGGAGCUGCUCGAGGCCGACGACGACCUGGCGGCCAUGUAUCUUACCGAGAAGGCGCACGACCUCUACCGCGGUGUCGACGAUCACACCGAGGUGGAGCUGCUGCUCGAGUCGUACAACAAGCUCUGCGACGAGAUCGUGCAGGAGGCUCAGAACUUAGUGUCCGGAAUCCGCAACACUGAGGAGAUCAUCCGCGCAAUCCUGGACGCGAACCGCAACGCCCUUAUGCUCCUAGAUCUCCGCUUCAGCGUCGGCACCCUAGGCCUCGCAAUGGGCACCUUCCUUGCCGGCCUCUACGGCAUGAACCUCGAAAACUUCAUCGAGGAGACAAACUGGGGCUUCGCCGGCGUCACAAUCACCUCGACAAUCUGCUCCCUCAUCGUCUGCUGGUACGGCCUCGUCAAGCUCCGCAAAGUCCAGCGCGUUAAGAUGAUGUUUGACGAGCGCGGGCCCCUGACGCGGAACAGCCGCGCGUCAUCGCAAUCCCAGCAGCAGGCACUGGGCCAGCAGCAUUGGUUCCAGGACGACGGGCCGGGUAGCCUGCUGGACGCGAGGAACCGUGAAAAGAUUCGGCGCGUUACGAACCAAAAGGCCGCGGCGGCGGCGAACGCCAAGAGCACGACCAAGAAGUGGUUUCAGUGA